UGAGAGCUGUACCUGAGGACACAGGACAUUCUAUUGGUUUACUUGAAAAGAAUCGUGUUUAUGGCAACACCAAACAUGAAGUUAACGUGUAUGUGAAAGUGUUCACAAACAGCCCAUUUCUAGUCUGUAUGGAUCUGGCUCAUUCUCAAGAGGAAGUAAUAGACCCCAAGUAUCUGUGGAUUGGUCCAGAUGGAAAAAAUUUAGAAGGGCAGAGUUAUGUGAAUCUCACAGAAACAGGAAGGUUUCUGAUGGUGAUGGGGUUUAAGGAGUCUAUGUCUGGAGCCUACACUUGCACCCUCUCUCACAGUAUCGUAGAAACUACAACACAAGAAGAAAGAGAAAUGGUUGAGCUGUAUAAAUUCAUGGUGUAUGCAUACAGGGGAGCUGACCACACGUACCGGCUGUUCGCUCGCUUCACCACAACCAGCUGUGAGCUAGCAGCAAACAGCCACUUCUUUGGGGAGCUAAAGAAGAUCUUAAAUAACACCAUCUCUGACCUGACCUGUCACAUUGUAGAGCCAUCCUACAAAUGCCACCUCAUCCAGACACCCAACCAAGGUCUCCUGCAUGAGCUCUUUGUUAGUUUUCAAGUCAAUCCUUUUGCACCAGGAUGGGAAGAAGUUUGCCAGCACGUUCCUUAUGAUUGUGAAGAUGCAACGAACCUGCGAGUGAAGGAGGCAACAGACCGGCUGGACAAGUUUUUCAAUGAGCAGGCAGAUGCUCUGAGGCACAAGUUCCAAACUCUUCCUACCAUCCACUACGUGGACAACAGUUUCUCAGCGACUCGCGUCGACAGCUGUCGCCCAGGUUUUGGGAGAAAUGAUGUCACCCACAAGGACUGUGCCAACUGCUGUGUGGUUUGUGAGCCUGGAACUUACAGUCCCAGCAACAACGUGACCUGCCAGGUUUGUGCAAGGCCUGGAGUCCAGGAGUAUGGAGCAAGAUCCUGCCAGUAA